AUGGCUCCCAUUCACACCUUAGUGACAGGUAGACGGCCACGCCCACCUCGACACGCCCAUCUCGACACGCCCACCCCGACACGCCCACCCCGACACGCCCACCACCCAAAUGAAGUGAAGGUUGUUGGUCAUGAGCCGAUAUCUGCAAAGGUGGGAGGCGACGUCAUUCUGCCAUGUCAUCUGGAGCCUCCAUUUGAUGUGAACAAUCUUACAAUCGAAUGGAGAUUCAAGGAUAAAAUAAUCCAUUUGCAUCGCAGCCGAGCUACAGAUGAUGAAACUCCAAACCCAAAGUACAUUAACCGAACCUCCAUGUUCCAUGAUGAGUUUGAAAAAGGCAACAUUUCCCUCAAAUUGACCAAAGUAACCCAGGAGGAUGAAGGGAAUUAUAUUUGCUUUGUUCCCAAACUGCAAAGUCAAGUCAGAAAGGGAAACGUUACUCUAAUACUUGAUGAAAAUGGAUCCCAAGGCAACUUGACUGCUACUAGAGGAACUGAUCCUGGAGUUAUUGUUGGAAUUAUUGGUGCUUUUAUUGGUGGUGCUGUUGUUCUAGGAGCACUCAUCAUCAUCAUCAUAUACUGUGUUCUACGUUGCCGGAGACGUGAACCAAAUCGCAGAGAAAAUGUCGACCCAGGAAAUGAAGCUGAAGUAGAAAUACCUUUACAGGAUCUGGGACAAAACUAAAGAGUCUGAAUCUUCCACCUGAUCUAAAGUCUCUUCAACCAUUUGGUAUGAAAACUGUUACAAGAAUAGAAAUGUGGAUAAUAAUAUAAGAAACUGAAUGCAUUAAACCCAGAAGGAAGUUAUUCAUAUUAGGUCAAAGAUUUAAUCAUCUUUUCUUGAGCUUAAAAAAAUGAAACAAGAAUCCUGUAAGUUAAAGAACAUCCCAAGUUAAUUUCUGUUAAUUUCUGUUAGUGAAUCUUAUUUUUAAUGUUCAUAAUCUUGUUACAUGAAUAACCAAACAUUUAUGUAUUUUAUUAUAAUUUUAGUUUCUUGCUGUCGAGUUUUUCAAUUCAUGAAUCAGCAGUGAAUUCAUUAGUUCAUCUUUUCUUCCAUGUUCAGUAGUUCUGUAUAUUUAUUAUUUCCUCCUGUUGGAAAAAUUAGAAUCUAAGUUCAUUUAAUUAUGAGUUCAUCUGAAAGGUUUUCAUAUUAUUAUGCUUUCAUGACUCCUUUUCUUUUUUGUUACAUUAUUAACUUUUCUUUGGACGUUUGCUUUAAUAUUAGGAACGCUACUCACUCUUCUUGUUUUAUCAAUGUUUGCUUGGUGAUUAAAAAUGUUUACUUCCUCUUCUGGUUCAUCAGACUGUCUGUCUAAGACAAAGCCAGCUUUGUGCCUUGUAAGAAUGUCCUACAAGACGUUUUGUUGAUGAAUAUGAAUUAUGGUCUGGUAAGAAUAAAGACUGUGUUCAUAAUUACUUUUCCACAUGGCGGUGAUGAGUCAUGUCUCUUCCACCAACACUGAACCCAGUGGAGACUUGGAGCUUCUUCAGCCUGGUGAAUCAAUGAAUCACUUGUUCAUUUGAGUCAGGAAAACGGAAGCAGGGAGAAAAUGCAGGACAAGGAGUUUUAAAGUCCCAGGCUGAGAAAACCUGAUUUAUGAUGAAGUGAAUCAGAGUCACUGAACUUUAACUCUGGGCCAAAGUUCUGUUCAUAUUGAGAAAAGUCCAUUUGCACUGACAUUUAUACUAUCAAACCAAUGAGACUUUUUAUAAUUCAUUGAACUGAGUCUUAAUAUGGCUGAUUAAUGUAGGAAUAAAUGGCUGCUGCAAAGUUAUAGACUGAAUAAAACUGAGCUCUUUAUACUUUAUAUUUCCUAAUAAUAUCUCAGAAUCAAAUGGC